AUGAUACUUUCAAUUAUCUUCAUCUCGAUUAUACUUAUUCUGAAUCUAGUCUGGUUGAAAUACCGUCGUAAGAUUCAGAAUAAAUUCACCAUACCAGGUUUAUCAGCAUCGAAUCCCGAACUUGGCAAUCUCGAUGACAUUGGACGAUCUGGCAGUUUGCAUGAAUUUCUAACUAAAUUACAUAAAAAGUUCGGGCCGAUUGCUUCGUUCUAUUGGGGUAAACAACGGGUUGUUAGUAUCGCAUCACCCGAAGCUUUUCACGAGACGCGUCGAUUAUUUGAUCGUCCAGUUUCAUUGUUCGCUCCAUUUGAACCCUUGAUUGGUGCUAACAGUAUUCAAUAUGCGAAUGGUGACAUUGGACGGUAUCGUCGGAAAAAUCAUUAUGAUGUUGCUUUGUCUCCCAUAGCACUUCGAGGACAUUUUUUUGACAUAUUUCAACGUGUUUUACGAGACAAAAUGGUUACAUGGCAAUCAAAUGAAGGAAAACCUUUAGCAUUACAUGCUGAAAUGUUGUCAAUGGCGAUUCGAUCGAUAACUUUAGCUGCUUUCGGAUCGACCAUAGUAUUCGGAGAUGAAAAGCGCAUUGAAGAAGCUUAUAAUACAUGUUGGCAUGAAAUGGAAAUGCGUAUUCAAGGUCAUAAGAUGGAUUCGAAGCGUGAAGUUCAAUUUAACGAAGCACGAAAUUAUUUUCUGGAAAAAGUUAAAGAAAUUAUAGCGGAAUGUCGUCAACAAUCAGGUGAUAAAGAGAAAUGUUUCAUUGAUUACUUGCUUGCCGACGAAGAACAUGUACUUAGUGAGGAACAUAUCUGUGAUGAAGUUAUUACUAUGUUCGUUGGUGGAUUUCAUACGACUGGAAAUUUACUGACUUGGAUUUUAUAUUACUUGGCCGAAAAUCAAAGUGUACAACAACGUCUUUAUGAAGAACUUGUAGAAACUUAUGAAGCAGAGUUUCCAUCAUUUGAACAAAUUGAUCAAAUGACGUAUUUGACUAAUAUAAUUAACGAAUCAUUACGUUUAUCCGUUCUAGCACCGUGGGCUGCACGAGUUUCACCCAAUGAAGAAGUUAUUGUAUGCGGACAGAUUAUACCUGCUGGUACACCAAUCAUUCAAGCACUUGGUGUUGUUUUAAAAGAUGAAAAGAUUUGGACGGACCCGUCAGUAUUCAAUCCUGAUCGAUUUAACGAUGCCAAUAAGAAGAAAAUUUCUUCGUUAGCUUUUGCACCAUUCGGAUUUGCUGGUAAACGUAUCUGCCCUGGCUAUCGAUUCGCUCAAUAUGAAGCCAGUUUAUUUAUCGCUGGUAUCAUCCGAACCUACAAAGUGACUCUAGCUAACCCAACAAGUCCCGUUAUCCCAGUACAUGGUUUAGUCACUACUCCUAAAGACGAAACUUUCAUAGUAUUCACUCAAAGAAAUGGACUGAAAUGA